GUACUGCACUUAACGCACAAAACAUGCGUUUUACAAAAUCAGCCACGGGAACUUCAACUUAAUGAUUCGGUUCUAAAGUUGGGAAUUCAACAUUAUUUUUUUGGUUUUAUUGUCUUUUUGAUCAACCAUCGUGUCAAGCAAAGUUGCUUAUUUAAAUAUAAAAUCUGCAGAAUCUUACCAGUUGCUAUUUCAUGUUUGUUGUACUAAGUAACCCUCUAAAAAGUAAAAAAAAACUACGUGUAUGUAGCUAUAAGUAAAUGCUAGUAUAUAUAAAGCAAGGUCGUAUAUAACGUGUUUUUGUUUAUAUGAUGAUUCUCAAUUUGACUGUAAUAGUAUUGAUAAUAGGAGCCACCGUUGCUCUUGAAACACAGGAUGCUCAAUCGGAAAUAUUAGAACAAACUAACUUUAAUGAUGGAAGCGGUAACUAUCGUUUCAGCUUCAAAACAUCAAACGGACUCUACAGAAUGGAAACUGGCCAGCUAAUAACUGAAAACGACUCAAGCCAGAAAUAUAUUGUGCGAGGAUCUUAUUCUUAUAUCGACCCGGACGGCAAAGAAGUUGUCGUUUAUUAUAUAGCCGAUGAAAAUGGUUACGCCACUGAGAAACCAUUGCCAACUCCACCUGCAGGUUCUGUGGUAGCUGCUGGAGUUCCAGGGCCCGUCGUGGCGUCUUUACUAGGCUAACGGCCGUACUUGAACCAUAAAAGAUCACAUGCGACGUCAUUGAGGUUUGAUACGAUCUACCGAUAUGGAAAGCGUAUUGUAUCUAGAACGUAAAUUUACAUAAGCAUAAAGAUUUCUUCGCUACGAGUUAUACACCAUCGGUACCGGUCGUCUGAACAAGAUUGUAACAUUAACUAACCCUAACGCCGUGUCUUGCGUGGGCGACGGUCGCGCGAUCGUCGCGCGGCCGUCGC